AUGCACUUCGCCUCCCUCCUUCUACUGCUCCCGCUGCUGGUCCAGGCAGACCAGGUGCCCUUGAAAGACAAGGCCGCGGGCUGGUUCGAUAAGGUGAAGUCAUUCAUCCCCAGCGGCGUCGGUGGUAGUGCUAGCGGUGGUGGUGCUCCCUCCGCCUCGGUCCCUGUGCCUCCCCAUCCGCUCGCGGCGGGCGCAGCUAGGGUCGCCGAGAACAAGGUCGAGAAAAUCAACAUCCGCAAUUGGCAGCGCAAACUGUCGCCCAAGCCCGAUACCGAGGAGGAAUGGUUGGUCUAUUUGACAGGCGGCAACAAGACUUGCUUUGGCAGGUGUGGGCCCGUGGAUGCCGUGUGGAAUGAAUCCGUCCCCUUGCUAGCUGCGCUGCCCCGGCCCGCAGGCUCCCCUCCACUUAUACUCGGCCUGCUGGACUGCGAAAAGGAUGAGGUGCUAUGCACGGCGUGGGCGUCUGGCGUGCCUGUGAUUUACCACUUCUUACUGCCCAAGCAGUCCGCGGCCUCGGCGGGCGCGAAGACACCUCUGCACAUCAUCCCGCUCAACACUUCCACCACCACCGUGGCCGACAUCACCAGCCUGCCACGCGCCUCCAAGUCGCGAUACCAAGAGUACCCCGAGUACACGGGCGUGUUGCACCCGAUCGACGGCUUGCUCGCCAAGACCGGCGUGCUGCAGCCGUUCGGGUACUUUAUGUGGGCGCUGGGAACCAUGCCGUCGUGGAUGAUGAUGCUGGGCAUCAGCUUCAUCUCGCGCCAGAUCAUGAGCCGGAGGAUGGGUGCUGGUCGGGGCGUUCCCGCCGCGGGCGACGCCCAGCAACCGGCCGCGCCCAGAGUUGCGCCCGCAGCUCCGGCGGCGCAGCCCAGGGCCGGCGGCGGUGGGAGCGCGCGGAAGAGGAAGUGA